AUGCCACAGGCUACAGUGUUUGCAAUGCAGCAGUGCAGGAACGAAGGAAAGUUGGCUGCGACGCCGGCGAGCAGGAAAAGGCGGACAGCGGAGUGGGCAGCCGCCGGUGGAAGGACUGGACCGCGGAUGAGUGGUCGAGCUUCGGGUGCCGCACCGCUGCCUCGCCAAAGCUCAACUGAUGGUGGUGGUGCGUGCAUGGUGCAGUCCAACCGCGCGCAAAAGGCAGAGGAGGGGAAGAAAGCAAGAAAGCAUAAACCCUUAACCCGAACCCUGUCUUCUCCCGGAGAGUCGCGGACGCCGGCCUCUGCUCCGCCGUCUCGCUUCAGCGUUUCUCAGCGAACCUCUCCAGCUGACCGGCGACGGCGACCUCACUUCGUCUACAACCGGCUGCCAACCAUCUCGCUCUCUAUACCAGAUAGACGGCCACCCCAUCCUGCUCGCCCUCUCUCACAGGCCUCGGCAGAUCUACACGGGCGGCGGGCGACCCGCGUUUUCGGCAGCACAACCAACCCCGCAGUCCUCCCUAUGGCCACUGUACCAGUUAACCCAAAGCCUUUCUUAAACAACCUGACAGGGAAGCCUGUUAUUGUCAAACUGAAGUGGGGCAUGGAGUACAAAGGAUACCUUGUAUCUGUGGACUCAUACAUGAAUCUACAGCUUGCUAAUACAGAGGAGUAUAUUGACGGGCAAUUCUCUGGAAACCUUGGAGAGAUACUGAUAAGGUGCAACAACGUUAUGUAUAUGCGUGGCGUUCCAGAGGAUACCGAGAUAGAGGAUGCAGAGUGAGAAGACAUGGGACCGCUAUCAUGCCCGAUUGAGAUUGAUGCAAUAUGCUUCUGACAUGAAAGGGCUGAUCUAGCCCGUUUCAGGUGUAAUCUCCAUCUGUAGAUGUUUGGUUGUGCUGAUGACAAGAUUUUUCAGUUUUCUUUCAUUCAUCUGGAUGGUACUAUCAUUCUGUGAACGUGAGAAGUAUUAGAUUUCUUCAGUGGUUCCUCAGUUGAUCCAUCGAUCCGUUUAUUA